AUGCAAUUCCUAACAUUGAACCGCUUCGCCGUCUUCUCACCCUGCCAAACUUGUCGUGCUCGCAAGAAGAGGUGCUAUCACAUCGAAGACGCCCAGAAUGGCGCAAAGGCCAACGGCAGCGAGAGGCCGGAAAAGGCCAGGCGCCUAGCCACAAUUCAAGUUGCAGAGACACACACUAGAGAGUCUAGCCCAGUUCCCGGCCGUGUGAGUGCCUAUAACCCAGAGUCUGUGCUGGAAGAUCUUGCCAAGCCUCGCGACCCUGCGGAAUCACAGCAAGAUUGCCCUACACAUCUGGGUUCCCAAGAGAGUCCCUUGACGGACCACCACUGCCACGCGACGGUGCAACGAUCACAGCGCAAGUUGAACUGGUACAGGCGAUACAAGCGGCGUCAUGUUCCCAAGCUCACUGAGAGCCACCGCCGGUACCUCGAGGAGGCCGGGGCAUUCCUAGAGCUGCCCCGUGCCACAACCGAUGCGCUUUUGCCGAUUUACAACUCACUGCUGGAUGACCUCAUCGCUCUCGUCGACGGGCCCACUGCCUUCCGCGAUUACAGCAACGGGCAGGCUUCACCGUACCUAGUCCGCGCGAUUUGUCUUGUGACUUGCAAGACGAAACAUGCGGCUCCUUUCCUUCGACUCAGCGAGGAUGGACCCGUGCUCGAACCCCUCAAGUUCGCGUCUCGGAUUCUGUCCGGUCUCGAUGCGGCGAUGAAAGCAGAACUCGAACCCGACAGGGUAACCCGAAUCCGAGUCCUCGCCCUCAUGUCUCUGAGCAACAACGGCAACAGCGGCGUCGACCGCGCGUACAGCUACCUGUCUCAGGCCAUCUCCGAAGGCUGGACAAUGUCCAUCCACUGGAACAUCCCCGGCAACCCGGACCAGGAGCAGUGCGACCUGCUGUGGUGGACCCUGCGCAACUUUGACCGUCUCAACAAGCCCAUUAUGGGCGCGGCGCCGUUCAUGAUCGACGACGCCGACAUCGGGAUCGACCGUACGACCCCAAAACCUGGCCACUACAAGACGGAGAUCAUGGCAAUAUCGCUCGUCCUCGGCGACCUCAUGGCGCAGGCCACACGGGUGUACAAGGCAACGUCCGUGGCCAGGGAGGACAACAGCGACGACUUCCCAACGCUAGCCGACGUCACAUAUGGCACCACCUUCCAUAGCUUUCACAAGUCUCAUCGAGCGUACCUCGAGCUGUGGUACCACAUAGCGGCCAUGCUGUCCUGCAAGUACAGCGGGCCGGGCUCCAUCCCCUACAACCGGCGACUCGCGUCUGCAGACCGCAUCCUCGAGAUCAUCUCCUGUGGUGGGCACGAAGCCUUGCCUCCGCUCCCGCUGGUCCCCUACGCGAUGGCCAUGUCUACGACGAUGAUAUACCAAGCCCUGCGGGAGAACCAGCGCGAUUUCGAGAGGGCUUACAAGGAUCUCGAGCUGUGCUGUCAGGCGCUGGAGGCGCUCCAUAAGCGCUUCCCCUACGUGAGGAACAUCUUGAAACUUGCCAAGCAGCUUCUGGAGCUCUUGGCCCGCUCGGGUACGAAGCAGAUAGCAGAGAACGUCGAGCCUCCACGCGAACAUUCCGCUGCCAUGGUCCUGGCUACCAUGAACGGCACGCCCCAGCCGGUAGAGCAGCCACAGCAAGCCAACGAGGACCAAGACGUGGACGGCUUCGUCAUGCCAUCUAUUUCGGUCGCUUCAGUCCCACAGAUUGAACAACCGGCCGAGAACGAAAACAACACAGAAUUCCAAGCCCAGCUAUCCGAGGCAUACCCCAACAUCGACGCCUCGUAUACUCAGCUGGACAGCCAGUUCCACAAUCUCUUUGACUACGACAUGCCCAACUUCUUCCGCACCCCUGCGACCUGGGAAUACAUCAACACCGGGGCAGCGGGAGGUAAGGGCACGGGCGAGGACAGCUCUGCUGGUGGCGGAAGCGAGUUCCAGUUUUCGUAUCUCAGCUCGCCCGAGAUUGACUUUGAUUAUCAGCAGAUGCAAGCUCCUCCACCACCUUAUUAA